AUGGAAACAGGGGUGACAGCGGUUGAGUAUAACGCAGAACAAGGGCUCCUAACAGUCUCAGGGGACCCCAGUCCAGCUAAGCUGCUUCACAAGCUUGCCAAAUGGGACAAAAAUGCAGAGCUUGUAUCUCUUACUGAAGAAGUCUAUGCCCCCGCCCCUAGAAUCCUGCAACCUAACCAGGCCAAGAGGAUGCUGAAGAGGCACCCAAAGUGUUUUCUUCUAAGGUGUUUCAGGAAUCCAUGGACUAAGGAAAAGGUUGAGGCUUAUCGAAUAGCAGGGGAUGAAAGCGGCAGCGCAGCGCCCUUCAUCAACACUGGUGCGCCUCCAAUGGUGUAUCCUCCUCCUCAAGUAACGCCUGGCUUCGCAACACCCAUACCAUACCCUCCUCCCUGUUUUGGGGCAAGCCAACCACCAUACACAUACACUUCUUGUAUGUUCCAGUCACCUCCACCACGGUCCCCACCAUUUUUCCAGUUAAGAAAGACACAAUCUCCACAUAUCGUCAACUACCCGCACCACUGA